AUAUUACUCAGUGUGGAAAUCGCUGAUAAUUGAAUUUAACUGACCUGAAACUUGAAUUAAAAGCUUUUUUUUUUUUUUUAAGUAUCACAAUUUUCUUUAUACAAAGCUAAAACCGCUUCACAGUUGAGGUUAGGAAUCUGACAUUAAGGUGUUGACAUGACAUCCACUAAAUGUCAGUGAGCAUCCUCAAGGGCUGCAAGGGUGACUCAUAGAGUGUGAGGACAUAUGAAGACUGAAACUGGUUAGUUUACAUGGUCAUUUUCUUAUAUGUUUACAUAAAGGCCUCGUUAGUGUCAACUUAAUCUGUAUUUCUGACAGAUUUAGAGAAAAAAACUGGGAUGGGAAACUUGAAAAUGGAAUUCCUAUUCGCUGAGAUAUUCUGACGUAAGGCUCAGCAGUGCUCCCAUAGUGACCACAUUUCCCCUUUGUUAUCACAGAACCGUUUAUUUGCCACACAUUCAAUCUAGUUGAAUCUUAUCUUGUCAGAUCUUGCCCUUGGCAGGAAUUGAGUCAUAUUUACAUAUCUUUUCUCUAUAUUUAAUAACUCUCACCUUCAAUAUAUAUGUCAGCUCUGAGACAAAAGCAGAUGUUAUGUGGUUUCGUGUUUCAACCAACAGGAUGAAACUGUAGCCAACCAUAACUGUGUGUUAUACAUUCAGCUUAAAUAUUAAUGCUGCUAUUAUAUCAUGACUGAUAUUAUAUUUCUCAAACCUAAAUUUAUCAGUUUAAAUCUGCUAAUGAUGUUAGCAGAACUCACAGAUUUUUUUAUUAGGCUCCAUAUUUCUAUUGAGUUAGUCUAGGCAAGGAAGUGACCAAGCGUGUUAGGUCGUACCAGGCUUGGUUGUUACUAAAAACAGCACAGCAAAAUUCAAGCAUAAGCCAAAACCCUCCAUUAGCAUUUCUUCUAUGCCUCAUGCAAAUUCCUAGCAGGCAUCCAAACCAACUUCCUUUUAAUAAUACAAUAGUCCAUAGUAGUGGUGUUGUCUUGAUUAUUAUUAUCUGACAUGAUCUGGAAAUCUUGAUCUGAUCUUUAUUUGUCACUCCCCUGAGCUGUUGUACCCCAGUAACCUGAAUAACUUGGCCUACAUCUAACUCAGACUCCUUCUUUGUCAAGGUUAUCUGAGGUUGUACCAUUGUUUGUAAUAACAGUUUGAGGAAAGAAUGUCAGUAGCGGGAAUGAUUACUGUGUGUAAGGGUUUCGGGAAACUUUUCCUGUAAUAAAAGGUGUACUGUUGGACUAUCUGCUUUGGCCCUGUAUAGAAAACAAACUGUCCCUGUUGCCCAGAGAUAGAUGGCUUUUCUGACCCCUGUGUGAUAACCUUCAAUCUGUUUGUACAGCCUAUACUAUUGAGAUUGUGCUCUCUCUCCCUCUCUCUCUCUCUCUCUCUCUCUCUAUCUCUCUCUCUUUAGACCACUGACCUGAUUUGGCAGCCAUCAGGCAAAACGUGUUUCCUCUUUUAUAUUCCGCUGCCAUCUUUGUCAAAGUUUACGGAGCUGAAGGCGAAAGAGACAAAGACGGUUGCAGAAGCAGAAAAAGGAAGACUGACAGACUAGUGUAUUGUGUGCGACGCAUGAAGACAGGUAUCACAAGAGUGAUGUUUGUGGUGGGAACUUCCUGCCUUGGCUGUCCUCCCUUGACACAAUCACUCUUCACCCAAGUCGUACCAUGCGGUUUGGCAAGCAGGUAUUUUGUCUAAAAACACAUCAAGCAGCUGAGUCUGUGGGAUGAAAACGCAAAGAAAGCAAAAAAGAGGAAAAAAUAACCAUGCUGAAGAAUGUCCAGCUGGUCUAUAUUGGCCUGGAGGUGGUGAUCGCUUGCCUGGCUGUUGCUGGGAACAUCCUGGUCUGCUGGGCCGUCUGCCUCAACUCCAACCUGCAAAGCAUCACCAACUUCUUUGUGGUGUCACUGGCGGUGGCCGAUAUUGCUGUGGGGCUGUUGGCAAUUCCCUUCGCUAUCACUAUUAGUACCGGUUUCUGUGCCAACUUCUUUGGCUGCCUGUUCAUCGCCUGCUUCGUCCUCAUACUCACCCAGAGCUCCAUCUUCAGUCUGCUGGCCAUCGCUGUAGACCGCUACAUCGCCAUCAAGAACCCACUCAGGUACAGCAGCGUGGUGACAGGGCAGAGAGCAAAGGGCAUCAUUGCACUCUGCUGGAUUCUCUCAAUAGGCAUCGGCCUGACACCGAUGCUGGGCUGGAACAGAUCGAGAGAUUGGAACUCCACCGCUUCAACCAACAGCAGCAGCUGCCCUGAAGGUCUGACAGAGUGCCUGUUUGAAGAGGUGGUUACCAUGGACUACAUGGUCUAUUUCAAUUUCUUCGGCUGCGUGCUGGUGCCCCUGUUGAUCAUGUUGGUCAUUUAUGCAAAUAUCUUCAUGAUCGCACGGCACCAGCUCCGACUGAUAGGGCUCAAAGUUGCGCACACACCCGCUCCUGGAGAAAUAACCUCACCAUCGAGCACAUCUCGGUCAACUCUACAGAAGGAAGUGCAUGCUGCCAAAUCGUUGGCCAUCAUUGUAGGUUUGUUUGCUCUAUGUUGGCUUCCGCUGCACAUCAUCAACUGUUUCCACCACCUGUGUCAGGGCUGUCAGCGCUUACAUCUUUGGGUGAUGAACAUUGCCAUCAUCCUCUCCCAUGCUAACUCUGUUGUGAAUCCCUUCAUCUAUGCAUAUCGCAUUCGGGAGUUCAGACAGACCUUUCGGAGGAUCUUGUAUCAGCACAUCUUAGGACGAAGAGAUGGACAUGGGCUUGGGAGGGGUGAUCGAAGAAGUGUUAGGGGUAGCAGUAUCGUGCGGACUAACUCUCGCACCAGUAAAGAUGGGUCAUCGUGUGGCACAGUAGUGAAUAGCUACGUCCUGGACCCCAGCCCUGACCGAACUCCACCAAAAGCUCCUCAUGAAGCCUCUUGCCACUGUACACUGGACACAAAGGCAGUUGCUGCACCAAGCAGCUACAUACCCAAUGGACACCAAAUGAAAGGUAGCAGCAUUUCAGUAAUGCAGGAGCAGCCAAGCAUCAUGGGAUUUGCUGCUCAGGAUGAAGUAGAGUCGGCCACAUGUCCGAGGGGAGUGACAGAUGUUUUGGAGGUGAAAGACAGUGGAAGUUGCAUUGCUUUUGUGAAUGUUCAUGCUCUCUCCCUAAAACAGACUGACCACUCUACGGAGCUUACAGAAGUCUCAUGACGAAGGCAUUAUUUAAAAUAUAUUUCUAUGACCUAUAACAAUGUGCAAACGUGGCAUUUAGAAGAAUGAUUAAUGAAGCAUCAUCAAAUCAGCAGAAAAUGCCUUUCUCUUUCUAAAGUCACAUAAACUGAUUUUCAGGAAACGUUUUUAUUUUCAGCUUCAUUACUUUGUUCUCAAGUUUGAUCUACACCCACAAUAGCAGAAUCUGUCACAAGCAAGUGGAUCAUCAACAUACUUUCCUAACAUGCAGUACAAUCUACAAUCUAUGGCAGUCUGAUCUUUUUUCCAGGAAAAAAUAUGGGUCGCAUCUUAACGCUUUAUCAACUUUACUGUAGCUUUCAAUGCUUUUUAAACAUUUAAAAUCUUGAACUACUGUACAUUUUUUAAAAUAAUGUUGCAUCGGUGCAACUUUUGUAAUGGUCGUGUGUAUUGUUUUUACCUACUGGAGAAUUAAAAGUCUUAAAUACG